AUGUCGUGUCUGUUGAUAGCACCUACAAUACAAACAGGCAUGGAUUACCGUUUGUGUCGUUCGUUGGAGUCAACCAUCAUGAGGGAAUUGGAGGAUGAUGUGGCAGACUCAAGGGGUGUUAUCCCUUGUGCAACGAGCUCGCCUAUUGAGAAACAGUUUCAACAAGAGUACACUACCAGCAUGUUUAGGGAUGUUCAAACGGAGUUCAUAAAAAAGGCUAAUUACAGGGUCUCUGUUGUUGUUGAAGAUGGGCCAUCGGUGUGCAUCAAGGUGAAAGAGGAGAAAUUAGUCAACGAUACUAUGAUCUGCAUUCCGUACGAUGUACACUUUGAUCGGUCCACACAGGAGGUUCGUUGUGAGUGCAAUCUGUUUGAGAGUUCAGGUGUGUUGUGCUAUCACUGUCUUGAAGUUUUCCACUCGUAUAAAGUUUACAAAGUACCUCCCUGUUAUGUUCUCCCUCGAUGGAGCAAGAAAGUAAAGCGCAAGCAUACGUAUGUCAAGAGUAGCCAUGAUGUCAGUCGGCCGGAUGAGAGUCAUGUUGCAUUCAGGGGACUUUGUGCACACUUCUAUAAUAUUGCUCAAGAGUUCGUCGGUGACGAUGACGAAACAGCAUUGCUACAUGGUGCUUUGGAUGAAACAAGGACCAAGUUGGCAGCACACCGUGCAAAGAAGAGGUCUGAGACCGUAUCAGAGACCUACACCAGCUUUGGCUCACAGAGUUCGAAUGACAUUGGUGUUGAUGACAUCCAAGGCCCAUCGAAGGUCGCCACAAAGGGCAGGCCAAAGAAUAAGAGGCUCGGCGCUGCCCUUGAAAAGUCCUUCAAGAAUCCAGCUCGGAGGAAUCACAAGAAAUCACCCCCGAUACAUGUGAUUUGUCCUCACGCUUCACAUGAUGUAAACCAUCCUUCUGUGGUUGGUCAGAAUGUUCCCGAACAAGUCGGUGGUUUCAUGUCUUUGUUAAGCUCCUUCAACAAAAAUUAG